AAUAUUCAUCCAUUUUGAGUGUCGCUGGUUCAUUGCGAGGGGCGGGACAUGCGAUUGCCUCGACCAGGACCUACCAGGAGGCUCAGAGCGCCUGGUAACAGCUGGAAAACAAUAGUUUGAAAGGAUGUUUACAAACACACACACACACAUGGCCGUGAUCAGCUGAUCUCUCGGCCCGAGCUCUGUGGCCAAAUUCAAACCCUUCCAAAAAUAUUAGCAUGGUUGUGUUAGUCAUUUAUAUAUGGUGCUAUAGUGGUUUCCAGUUGAUUGUGUAGCAGGUACUGUGCAAGGUGAAUCCACUGGCCAUUUUGUGCUGCCCCACCGUACAAUGUUCCAGUAAAAUCAAAGGUGGUCAAGACAGAAAUGAAAUGACUAUCCCUGUUUAAACCUAGGCCUGAAUUGUAGUGCUCAGGGAUAAAAACACUGAAAGAGACCACUCAAGACCUUGACAAUGGCAACGUACGGCCCAGAAGACCUGGCCUCGAGGGAGUUGUCAUGCCCCAUCUGUUUUGAGGAUUACAACGGUCAAAACACCAAAAGAAUACCCAAGCUGCUACCCUGUCUUCACACCUUCUGCAGCGAUUGCACCAAAAAGUUGUGGAAGAGUAAUGGAUCUAUCGAGUGUUCCAUGUGUCGGAUGUUACAUGAAGAGGUCAAAUUAGAUGACCUCUUGGACAACUAUGUGAUAGUUGAGCAUCUCAGGAAAGAGCUGGAGAAGCGAGACCAUGAGCUGGCAAUGAGAAUUGAUCAGGGUCUAUGUGACUUGGACUUUGGCAUCAGCAGUAGAGACAGUAGACCCAGCAGCAGAGAAAGUGCCGGUAGCAGGCACAGCAGCGCCAGUAGCAGGCACAGCAGCGCCAGUAGCAGGCACAGCAGCGCCAUUAGCAGGCACAGCAGCGCCAGUAGCAGGCACAGCAGCGCCAGUAGCAGGCACAGCAGCGCCAUUAGCAGGCACAGCAGCACCAUUAGCAGGCACAGCAGCACCAUUAGCAGGCACGGCAGUGCCAGUAGCAGGCACAGCAUUGCCAGUAGCAGGCAUAGUAGUGCCAGUAGCUGGCACAGCAUCGGCAGUAGCAGGCACAGCAUCGCCAGUAGCAGGCACAGCAUCGCCAGUAGCAGGCACAGCAUCGCCAGUAGCAGGCACAGCAUCGCCAGUAGCAGGCACAGCAUCGCCAGUAGCAGGCACAGCAGCGCCAGUAGCAAGCACAGUGAUGCCAGUAGCAGGCACAGCAUCGCCAGUAGCAGGCACAGCAGCAGCAGCAGUAACGAGCACAGUGAUGCCAGUAGCAGGCACAGCAGUGCCAGCAGCACCAGUAGCAGGCACAGCAGUGCCAGCAGCAGGCACAGCAGUGCCAGUAGCAAGCACAGUGAUGCCAGUAGCAUGCACAGCAGUGCUAGCAGCAGCCACAGCAGCAACUCUUUUGGUUUAUGGCCAAUCUUGAAACACAAAACAUUGAAGUACAAGGCUACCAAGCAUCGUCCUACUCCUAGCAUACCCCAAACUGUGUGCAUACAGCCUACAAAGAAACGCCAGCGCCAGGAAUUUCUCUGCUGCUCCUCACAGCAGGAACCCUCGACUAGCUACACAAACAGCCCUACGCCACCUCCCCGGAAAUGCAAGAAAACUCGUAGAUUUUCAAAAUUCCCAACUAACCAUGAGGAAUGGACAAAAAUCGGUCAUUCCAUUGCAUCAUUACAGGCCACUGUGAUGCAGGUCACAGCAGCUAUCCAAAAACGAACACAUGCUAAACAGCAUGCAUGUUCAACAGCUGUCUCCCACUUCAGAUCCCACAAUUCCUGACUGAGGACUACAAUCUCAACCUCAAGUGAGUUACAUAAAUGACAUUGAAGGUGAUGACAAAGAUGACUGAAGAACUUUAAGAAAUUAAAGGUAGAAGUAUGGGAGCAUGAUGGUGAUCCUGAGCAAGCAGCAGCAGCUAUCCUUUUAACUAUAUAAUGCUUGUUUUUUAUUACAGUAUUAUCAUUGGAAGAGACGGAAGUCGAAGGUAAUAAAUAUAUACAUGGUCUUGAUGAAAAAUGCCAAUAUAUUUGUUGGCGAUACCAUUCAGACCAUUUUUAAUAUGAAUGGAAUUAGAUUGAUUACAAUUGGAUAGUCUGUGUUUAUUAGUAGCCAAUUAUCAGUGUUAAUAGGUAUAUGGUAUAUCUUGGCUCGGUCAACUAUACAGAUUUUUCUGUGCCUUCAUUUCAGACCACUUGAUGAAUUAACACGGCUUCCAAAUGUAAUUGUGCAUGCUGUUUAAUCAGAAAAAAUUGUAAUGUUAAGCGUUUGUUGGAACUUAAAAUUAUUGGGAAUGUGGAAUUUGUUAAACAAGCUGGUUUUCCCAGUUUUGUUUUUAUCUUGGUUACAUAAAUUUAUAUUUGCAGACAAAAAUUACUUCUUAAUAAGAACAUUGUGAGGUCAUUGAUGUUUGGAAAGUAUUUUUUGCAAGUGUUCAUUUUAAGAAUGUUUGUAUGAAAAUAUAGAAAUAGUAAUUGGGAACUUUUGUCAUAUUUUAGGGUUGAACAUUAUUUGUUAACUUUUAAUUUCAUCUGUCUGUGACCCUUUGGAAUUUUUAAGAUAAAUAAAAGGAAUAACUGCC